UUUGCUUAAUUAUAGGAGCCAAAUCAGGACUUCGGAGCUUGUAGCAUUUACCCGACGUACGCAGAAGUUGUCGGUGACGUUAAAGCACCAUUAAAAGCAAACGUCGUUGACGGACCUUUCGAGAAUGUCGAACAAUUCUUGGAAACGCACUUUUGGCUGAUGAGAGAGGAGGUCGUUGGUCCACUGCGGAAAAAAGUGAACCAAAUAAAACGCAACAGGGGAAACGUGGAAUGUCCUCCCUACAUGAAAGCCAAAUUCCUCAGGCCGAAUGCAAAAAAUGAAAAAUUAAAAGGAGUGAAGGUUUCCUUUACUGAAAACGGAGUAUCGAACGAAGAUUCCACAGGGGAAAAAUCGCAAAGUCUAAAACAUGGCUCACUAGUCUGCUUCACUUGCAACUCUUUUGAAACACUGCUUUUUGCCACAAUCAGCAAUAGAGACGAAAAGUACAUCAAGAAGUCGCAGGUGUUUGUCGAGUUCACCAAAAAGUCCAAGGAAGACAUUUUUAAUAAUGAAUAUAUCAUGAUUGAAAGCGAAACCUUCUUUGGUCCAUAUGAACAUGUACUUAAAGCCCUUCAACAUACCGAAAACUGCGACUUUCCUUUUCCUCAAUAUUUCAUUGAAGUGUCAAAAAGCGAUGCACUCCCUAAAUACAUGAGGAACAGCAUCAAAACCAUUUCCAUCGAAGGAGUAGAUCAAGAUUUUAAUUCAGUGCGGCUUUUGGAACCGAAUUCGUGGCCUACGGCCGCUGAAAUCGGACUGGACGAGUCGCAGCUGAUUAGCCUACAGGCCGCCCUGACGAGGGAACUGGCAUUCAUCCUUGGGCCACCUGGAACGGGAAAAACCUACGUAGGCCUCACAGUGGCGCAAAUCUUGAUCGAAAACAAGGCAGCUCUGAACCUGAAAAAGCCUAUUCUGGUCAUCAGCAGCACCAAUCACUCGCUCGAUCGCUUCCUUAUUGAAUUAUUAAAUUUAACCGACAAUUUUGUGCGGAUCGGCCAGCAGUCCAAGUUUCCACAGCUGAACCCCUACAAUUACAAUAAACUGGAAGGAACAUGGUUUGAGCGCCUCGCAUACCAGGACGUAAUUGGGAUGACUGCUACUAAAGCGUCCGAGUGGCGUCCAAAGCUCAACGCGCUUGGCUGUGAAGUCGUUAUUGUCGAAGAUUCGACCGUCUUAUUUGAUGCUCAGCUAGUUGCAUGCUUGUCAAAGAACUGUCAGCACCUCAUUAUGAUCGGUGGAGAAAAGCAGCUGCAACCAAAACUGGAGGACCCUGAUUUAGCAUCAUUAAAUCUGAACGUUUCGUUUUUCAAGAGGAUGUUGGACAACAGGGAGAGCCAGAAGCCGCUUCGAUUUCAGUACAGGAUGCCACCUGAGAUGACAAAGCUAAUUUCUCCAUUGAUUUAUCCUGAAAUGAAGCAUGACUCGAGCAUGUUGAGCUUGCAUGCGCCAGAAUUACUCACCAAGCGAGUAUCUUUCGUCACCCACAAUUAUCCUGAGAGUCCGGAGGAAAUUGAAGUGCGCACACCAGAGCAAAAUAUAAAACAGUGGAAGACGGGAAACAGCAAGAAGAAUGACCAGGAGGCGUCUUUCGUGGUGGCUCUCUGCAAGUAUUUGCUCUUACAGAAAGUGGCACCGCUCGACAUUACUAUUUUGACUACUUACUCGUGUCAGUCGGCCACGAUUAAAAAGCUUAUAAAGGAAGAAAAGUCAAAGGCCGCAGGUUUGGCGACCGUCGAAGUCGCAACAGUGGACAAUUUCCAAGGAGGCGAAAAUAAAUUCAUCAUUCUGUCUCUUGUGAGGAGCAACUCCUGUGGGGCUUUGGGAUUUCUGGAUGAGGAGCACAGAAUCGGCGUGGCUUUAAGUAAAGCCCAAAACACCCUUAUUAUCGUUGGAAACAUGGCAACCCUAUCGUCCAAAAGCAGCAUUUGGCGGUCAAUUAGACAAACGCUUGAUGAACAAGAUGCCCUUAACAGUUGGCUGGAAAUCAGAUGCACGACCUACCCAACGGGCAAGCACCUGGUCUUUUUGGAGGAGCUGGACAAAUUUGAGCGGAUUUGCAGUGAGAGUGGCUGCACAGAUCCUCAUCGACCUCCGCAACCUAGCGUGCUUCCUAAUUUGCCUGCAGCCACUGUGGACAAUUAUUCAUAUGCAAGACGAUUGAUCAGCACGCACUGCGGAAAGCGUAAAAGCUGUGGGCACAUCUGCAGAGUCGUUUGCCCUCCUGAUGAUGAUCACACCUUGCAUAGAGAAAUAUGUUUUGAGCAGUGCCUACGAUUGUGCAGGGCUGGUCUUCAUCAGUGUCAACGUCAGUGCAACGUGCCAUGCAAUCCUUGCCUUAAAACACGACAGGUGACAUUUUCCUGCAGAAGACACAGCAAAACAGUUGUCUGCAAAGACUGGAAUCCUCAAUCUCUUUGUGAGGCGCCUUGUAACAGGCGGAUGCAAUGCGGACACCAAUGCAGCAAGAAGUGCCACGAACCAUGUGACGCUGUGUGCCAAGCUUGGUUUAUUUGUAUAAUCAGAAAAUUGUUCACCUGAAUAUCGUUUUAAACGUCAGUAGAAAAAACUUUUUAUGAAAAAAUGUGUAGAAAAAAUGUGUAUAAUAUUAUGGCUAUA